UACAUCUAUUUGUCUUAAUUAUAUUGUGUUAUAAUCUUUCUGUAUUGACUAAAAUUUUGUCUCGUUAAGUGGCCAGAUAUUGAAACUACUGGAUUAGUUAGCAAAAGAGGAUUUGUGUUUAUAUAAAAAAAGUCUUUAGAUAAAUGGAUAAAAAGAUAAUUAAUACAUGAUAAGGUUCUAUAAAUAUUAAAAUUAUAAAGAAAGAGAACAAGUGAAAUAAAAGAAAUAAAUACAAUAUUGAACUUUCAAAAAAUGAUAGCCAAUAUAUUCAUAUUUGAAAGAAGUACCACGUUGUUCAAAAGUAUUUCACAUAAAAUAUUUAUAUAAUGUCGCAAUAUAUUUACAAUCACUAACUAAAUAAGCAGUAAAAUAAUAUGGCAAUAUGUAAUUAAAUGAAUCAAAUUACGAAAGAUACAAUUGUUGAAUCGAUUCUGAUGGUGCCAGUGUGGCACUAAUGCUGCUCUGUCGUACACUUCAAAGUAUUCACGUGUCAAAGCACAUUCAUCAACGAAGAAGUACAUGUGUAGUGUACACACCUGUUCACCGCUGAAAGAAUAAUACAUGUUUAAAUAAAAAACAACAGAAAUGGCACCAAAACAAAGAAUGCGUAUCGCUAAUGAAAGAGCCACAAAAAACAUCACACUGCGUGGAAAUGUUCCGAAGUCAUCGCUGUAUUCCAAAUAAUUCAGAGUAUUAGAAUGGCUUAAGAAAAUCAAAAACAUAUAAGAUUGAAAAUAUGUUGCUGUUGAUGUUAAUAUGAGAGAAAAAAAGCUGUCUACAUCUUACUGAUAUAUAAGCGAGAUCAACAGACUGUUUUACUGCAUAUUGUAAAAACAUGUAGACACUAUUGACGAUAUUGACAUGAAACUGAACACAAAUUUCCAGUAACUAAUAUUUUUUUCUUCUUUUGCUACAACUCAAAAAAAAUUAUUUAUAAAAAGAAUUUAGCAUUUAUAAACAUUUUACUUAAUUAUAUAUAUAUAUCAAUGAAAGAAUAUUGCAUUUAAUGUAUUUUUUCUUUUGUAGAUAUGAAACAAAAUAUCACAUGUUGAAUAUGAUUUAUCUUUAUUCUGUAACUUUUAUUCUGAGUUUUGUGAAAAGCUUAAAUUCUUUCAUUGAUACUUAUAUAUAGUAAAUAAUUGUAUAUACAUAUGAUCAAUUUAUUAUAUCAAUUUAUUAAUCAAAGCAUUCCACUGUAAACAGUUGGUAGCUUUUGGUUGUCUAUAUAUUUUAGAGGCCUUAAGACAUAAGUCAUUAUACAUGUAAAAAUAUAUAUUAUAUAUUGUCAGUGUAAUUUAUCCUAAUGAAAUAUUUGCUACGGACAAUUCUUUAUCUCUUUUAAUAAAUUAUAUUAUGAAUAAAUA